UGCACAAUGACCAGUCGACUACCGAAGCUCGUCGCCUUCGAUCUCGACUACACCCUCUGGGAUCUCUGGGUUGACACUCACGUGACUCCCCCCUUAAAGCGCAACGGCAAUGCCUUGAACGAAGUGAAGGACAAAUAUGGCGAAACCAUUGCCUUCUACCGCGACGUGCCCUCGAUCCUGCACCGCUUGAGAGACGCAGGUGUUACCAUCGCCGCCGCAUCCCGCACAUCUGCUCCCCGAGUAGCACGCCAAGCGCUAGACCUGCUCCUUGUACCUCCUAAACCAGGUGAUAAGGACGGCGCGCCGACGAGGGCGAUCCAGUUCUUUGACGAGAUGGAGAUAUACCCAGGAUCGAAGAUCACGCACUUCAAGAAGCUGCACGAGAGGACUGGGAUUGACUACGCUGAGAUGCUCUUUUUCGACGACGAAAGCCGGAACCGCGAGGUAUCAAACCUGGGGGUGACGUUCUGUCUCGUCCGCGACGGCCUGAACGACCGGACGUUCGAACACGGCUUGGCAGACUGGCGCAAGCAGCACCCCGAGUUGGUCGUGGAAGAUGCUGCUGGGCAGUCUGCAGAGGAGUAGAUUGGAUUCGCAGGUAUCGUGCCUCCGUAUAGAUGUUUGCAGGUAGAUAGAUAUUGCUGGAGGUAUACUAGUUGAUACAGUCUACACGUACAGUCAUUAGCCAAUGAAUCGCAGCCUGGCGACACCAAA